AUGAAUGGCCACAUGGCAAGAGUCGGCGACCAGCCGACUGCUGGCAGCUUCGGCCAUGGCGUACAGGUCAUUGACGAGGACAAGGAAUUCAACACCAACCUCAAUGAGUACCUCCAACUCGAGCAUGUGGCCGAAGCUGGCUUCAACUACCACCUCAUCUCCGUCUUCGGGUCGCAGUCCACCGGAAAGUCCACCCUUUUGAACAAUCUCUUUGGAACCGACUUCUCCGUCAUGUCCGAGACCCAACGCCAGCAGACCACCAAGGGUAUCUGGCUGUCCAAGAAUAAGCGAACCGAAAGUGCCGGCACCAAGAUGGCGGAGAACAUCCUGGUCAUGGACGUCGAGGGAACCGACGGCCGAGAGCGCGGCGAGGACCAGGACUUCGAGAGGAAGAGCGCGCUUUUUGCGCUGGCCACAAGCGAGGUUCUCCUGCUCAACAUUUGGGAGCACCAAGUAGGCUUGUAUCAGGGCGCAAACAUGGGCCUGCUCAAGACUGUCUUCGAGGUCAACCUUCAGCUGUUCCUCAAGGACAAACAGUCCACCCCCCGGUCGCUUCUCUUCUUCGUCAUCCGUGAUCACCUCGGCACCACUCCUCUUGCUAACCUUCGAGAGACUUUGAUCCAGGAUUUGACCAAGCUCUGGUCGUCCAUUUCCAAACCCCAGGGGCUCGAGAACUCUCGUAUUGAGGACUACUUUGAUUUCGGCUUCGCCGCACUACCGCACAAGAUUCUGCAGGGCGAGAAGUUCGUCAGCGAGGUUAACGUUCUUGGCUCGAGAUUCACUGCUGGCCACCGCAAUAAAGGCAGUCGCAGCGAGAACGAGCUUGAGGGCGGGCUCUUCCUGCCCGAGUACCACAGGAGAAUCCCUGCCGAUGGUUUCUCCGUCUACGCAGAAGGAAUUUGGGACCAAAUUGUGAACAACAAGGAUCUCGAUCUUCCCACCCAGCAAGAGCUUCUCGCCCAGUUCCGAUGUGACGAGAUCUCUCGAGAGGUUCUCAUCAACUUCGAUAACGUCAUCUCACCGCUCGAAGAGAAGCAGGCCGAGGCAGUGAGACUGGGCAAGCCUACGGUCCUCGAAGACCUAGGCCCUUCCGGUAGCAAGGCCAGAGAAGCGGCCAUCAAAGCCUUUGAGCUUCAAGCUAGCCGGUACCACAAGGGCGUCUACACCCGCAAAAGACAAGAGCUGGAGGGCAAGAUCGAUACCCGCCUCAAGGCGCUGUACCAGGGCCAGCUCACUGCCGCACACAAAGCUGGUGUUGCUGCUUUCAGCGAGGCCGUUUCCAACAAGGUCAAGGCAGGGCAGAAAGCAGGCGGCGCCUAUGAAUUUGCCGAGAUCGUGUCUAACGAGAAGAAGAAGACGCUUGAAAUCUUCAAGGCUGAGGCGCAAGGUCUGGCGAUCGAAGGUGUGCCCUGGACUAACUUCAAGUCCCAAUAUUUGCUGUUUGAGUCGGAACUCGAUGAGGUUAGUGGCAAACUUCGCAAGGAAGAGAUGCGCCGCCUGGCCGUGCGCGUGGAGAGAUGGGUCAAAUCCCGGCUUGGCGAAGCAAUCGGCGUGGAGUUCAACAAGCUUGGAUCCGGUAGGGCCGGCUCCGACGCCUCUGAAGCCGAAGGGAAGUCCGCAACAGAGAAGGAUCUCUGGGACAGAAUCUGGAACGUCUUUGCCGGUAUUGUCAAGGAGGCCGAGGCACGAUUUGUUGACCGGGCAAAGAGCUUCGAUGCCAGUGAUGAGGAGGUCGAGGUUGGCACUUGGCGCCUACGUCGCAAGAGUUGGGUAGCUCUACGGGAGAAGAUUGACGAAGAGGUCAUGGAAGGAAACAUCCUCUUGAAGCUCCGCGAAAACUUCGAGGACAAGUUCCGCUACGACGAGGCUGGUGUGCCAAGGAUAUGGCGUCCUACCGACGAUAUCGAGGGUAUUUACACCAAGGCCAGGGAAUCAACUCUCAAGCUCAUUCCUCUGCUGUCGAGGUUCAGGCUCGCAUCUACCUACGCGCCCCCUGACCUCAUCUCCUUUAUUGGCCCGCAGCCUUCUGGAGUUGAAGCUGGGGAUGAAGAGGACCUAGCGCCCAUCGGAGGUGUUGACGAAGAGGAGGGUAAGAGCCUCGAGGAAGAGACCACUGUGCUCAGCGAGAGCAAGAGACAGGAUUUGGUUGUGCGGUUCAAGAAGACCGCAGAUGGUGUUUUCGUGGAAGCCAAGCGAAGCGCAAUUGGUGGAGUCGCUCAGAUCCCUUGGUACUUCUAUAUGCUCCUCCUUGCCCUUGGCUGGAACGAGAUCUUGACUGUUCUUCGAAACCCAGUCCUGAUCCUGCUGCUCCUCCUCAUUGCAGGUGGCACAUAUGUGGCCUACACUCUCAAUCUCAUUGGUCCUAUGAUGCACAUGGGCAAUGCCGCCAUCACCCAGGGCCUUGACAUUGGCAAGGCGAGACUGCGUGAAUACAUCAUCAACUCCGAAGGCUCCAGACAGGCCGUGGGCGUCCCCGCCAACCGCAACAGCACCAGCGCCGACAUUGGUCUGGACACUUUGGACAGCAGGGGCAAGAAGACGAACACAUCCACCGAGGAUGAUGACUUUUGA